AAAUAUCAGUUUCUCUCCCCACUACAUUUCGCAUACCUCUCAACACGAGAUAAUUUGAUCAGAUGGAAGUGAAUGACAAGAAAAGACCGAAAGGACUCAGUUUGAAGCGCAAAUCCAACAACAAACCAGUGCUUGUACAAAACGAAAAGAUAAACAAAACAACAAAUAAACAACACAUACUUGAAAUAAGCAGUCACGAAAGAUUCGUACCAAACUCUUCACAAGCUCUGAAAAAGAAUACAGUUCAAAGUGUCGAACCAGUGCAAGAAAAGGAAGAAUUUUGGGAGAUUAGAAAAAUCAGAGAUAUUCUUCUCCAGAACAAGAGAAACUACACAGAAUUGAGUGAUUUGCCAGUAUUCAAUGAACCAGUUCAGAAGGAUUUUGUAUUAUUCCAGGAACCAGUUCAGAAGGAUCAAGAGUUUGAAAUUUGUUCAAUAAGUUUAGAGACCCUUUCUUCACUUCCAGACAUUUAAUUGCUGAUAGAUUUUGAAGAUCUGACUGAACUUCCAAGAAAUUUUUUUCUCAGUCUACAGCUGUAAAAAAUGGAAGGCAUACUUAAAGAUGUAAAAUUAAAAAAACACAAGGUGGAUUAUACUCUACUAGAGAGUAUUUUCAGCGAGUACAAAAAUAACGGAAAACUUGUGUCUGAGACAGUUGUUUCUGAAGAAUCAUCAUACAAGGAUGGCAUAAAUCCAAUGAUGAAGACACUCAAACAUUUACAUAAUGGAGGUACCAGUAAUAAAAAAAUUCUGAAGGAUUUGGAACAAAUUUCAGACUUUGAAAAGAAGUUUUUAAUUCACCAGUUUUAUACUGAAAGCACUGAUAUUGGGACUGUAUAUUUUAAAUCUUUAAGAGCACGUUUAAAUAGUCAUCUUGGUCAUAAUGCAUAUAUUAAAAGUUUAGUACAAGAAAAUGAAGAUGAGAAUAUGUAUUUUGAAAACAUAUGGAAAGCCGAUAUUACUUUGUUUAGAUACCCAUUACAUUUGAUGGUUGAAUGCAAUAACAGGCAAAAGGCAGAUUUUCUGUUGAAAGAGAAAAAUGUGGAUAUUAAUUCCAGAGAUGACAAUGGUCGAACAGCAUUGCAUUGGUUUGUUCUUUAUUCUGAUUACUGUAGGCCAGAUUAUUCGGUUAUAGAUUUUUUGGAAGAUGGUGACAGUUUUUUUGAAAAAAUGAAAAGACGAAGUGGUGAAUUGAGAAAUGUUUCAGAUAAAAGACAUUUAGAUAUGUUGGUAUGGUGCGAGGAAAAUGGCGCUAGCAUUGUCACCAGAGAUAAAAAUGGUAUCAGUCCUAUUUAUUAUGCUGCUUUAACUGAACAGACAUGGCUUGUUGAACGCUGGUUGGAUGAUCGAUUUAACCUUGAUCCACUGACCAAAAUACUAACAUGUGAGCUGUUGGUAGCCCAAACAUUUAAUGAAGAAAUGUUUGUAAGAGCUCUUGAAAUGAGAUCUGUUCAUGCUUUAGAGCUUCCUUUAUUUAAGUCUGUCAUUCCCUGGAUUAUAGAAGAACCCAAAAGUAUUACAGAUUUUAAAAGUCUUGUAUCAGCCGACUCCAGAACAAAUCCUUUAUUAAACAUUUUUUCCUGUAGAAUAAUGGAAAGAGUUAUGGGACCUACUUCUCAUCAUUUUUUUAUGGCUGCUUUAAAAUUGGAAGAAAAAUUAUGUUGGAUUGAAGAAGAAAAGGAUCAAGCUUUUAUAAACAUGACAAUGCAGUUUUAUUUCUUUCGAAGACAGAUUAUGAUCAACCAUUUUGAAAUAGGGCUUGAUGGGAUUUCUCUUGACCAUUAUAGUAGAUAUUAUUCAGAAAUAAUUUUAGAAAGAAAUAUUGAUAAAAUAUCAAGCAUAGAUAUUUUGAAAUUUGUGAAUCUCCUUUUGAUAGAAUUGCGUUUUUUGUUGGAACACGAAAACAAGGCUAAAAAAAACAGGUUAAAAAGGGAUAGUAACAUUUGUAAUGUUCAUUAUGAAGAUGAAGCCAAUGAUGUUGGAAAGAAAGCUAUUUUAUUUAUUUCAUACAUUGUAUCUAGAAGUUUAACAGAUAACGAGAAGAUUCAAGUACAAAAUUUACUGAUGGAAAUCUCUUUUAUCAGCAGAACUCUACCGUAUGUUACCGAAUGGUUACAGCGAACCGUCAAACAAACUUAUAGUCAUCUUCUGCAGUUGAACUAUUAUAUUAGUGAUAGAAAACAUGUUGAAGUCCAUGGAUUCAGAUAUGCAGCUUGGAUUUUUAUUCUGGAAAAACUAAUCGAAUAUGGUGUCACUCCUGAGGAUUGUAAUGAGUUUUUCAAUAAAUACCCUGAAAAAUUUAUUGAUGCUCCAUUAAACAUUCUUUGUAAAUAUUACAGAGAUGUUCAAACAAGUGUUUUGGAUGAUGAGCAUGGUGUGGUCAAGAAAUACUUAAGCAGUGAACUGUUUCGAAUGGUUAAAUUGUUAGUGAAGGCCGGUGCACAUGUGGACAUGGCCAAUUUUGAAGAUGAAACACCACUACAACUUGCAAAAGGCACUUCACUGGAACCUUUCUUGUUGUCGCAUAGAAAUCUGCAAUGCCUUGCAGCAAGAGCUGUUAUGAAACAUAAAAUUCCGUUUGAAAAUAUUCUUUCCAAAGAUAUGACUGAAUUUGUUAGAUUGCAUUAUUGAUAAUUAAAAUUUCUAAGGCUCACCCUAUUUUAUUUGGUGUUUUUUUUGAACUUUACUGUUAAUCUCUUUAAAGCUGUUUUAUAAGUCCCAGACCAACGCAGUUGAAGAAGACUUGGUAUGCACUCCCUCUGUCUGUCUGUCUGUCCAUCCGUCAGUCUGGCAAAUCAGUUUUCCACACCUGUUUUUCAUGCUUGAAGAUAUUGAUUUGAUUUUUGGUAUAUUGUUUUUAUCAUGACAACUUACAGAUCGAGUUUGUAUUUUGUUCUGGUCUGGUGAUUUUGUGCAGAGUUAUAGUCCUUGGACUUAGAAAAUUUGAUUAAAAAAUCAGUUUUCAACACUUUUUUCGUCAUGCUUGAAGAUAUUGACAUGAUAUUUGUGACAUGUAUAUAGUUAACAUUAAAACAAGAACUAGAUCAAGUUAGAAUUUUGUUCCAAUACAAUGAAUUUUUAACCGUUAGGGGACUAGAAUGUAUUACCAUGCAAUACUCACAGAAUGCUUGUUGUCAUUACUAUGUCCCUCUUUAUAGAAUUUAGCAAAUCUAUUAUUGCAUUUGGUAUUAAAAUUCAUGAAAAUAAAUGUUGUCUUUAGUGUUCAAUUGUGAACCCUCCGUGAAGAUAUUUAAAACAUACUGGUACUGAAAAAACAGGUUUUUUUUAACAAACUGACUGGAAUUUUAGACAAAACAUGAAAAUAAACCAUGUGAGUGAUACAGGGUCUAUGGAGCCUGCCCUGUAGGUUUUAUUAUAAAACUAGAACACACCCGCGAAAUCGCGGUCAUAUACAGCUUGUGGACUGUUGUAGGAUGAUUU